GGUGACUUCGUUGAUACAGUUUUGAGACAUACCCCAGCACGAUGUCUCAUUCUAGAGCAUGUGAUUUUUUCAAUUUUACCCUAAUUCUUACUCUCACGUUAAUUCCAUUAUCUCACUCGCUUCCCGUCAAGAGAGAUGUCGCAGUUUCCGACACAGUAAAGGAAUUGCUGAGCGCUCUUGACGAAACGGUGAAUCCAUGCGAUGAUUUUUACGCAUAUUCAUGUGGUCAUUGGUCGGAACAUCAUCCUAGCGUAGAGGGAUACGAUUAUUGGACGAAUAUGAUAAAGAUGACGACUGAGUUGGACCCGAAAAUUGUAAAUAUCUUAAAGGCGGAGGAUUCGGAGAAUGAUACUAACGCAAUUCGCAAAGCGCGAAGGAUCUAUCGAGCCUGCAGUGAUGACGAUAAAAUUGAGAAAGAUGGUGUGGAACCGAUCAAAUCAUUUAUCAAUGGGCUCGGAGGAUGGCCAUUGAUAAUGAACCUUCGAGAGUGGAAAUCGAAAAACCUUAAUGUGCAACAAAUAGUUAAUCAAGUACUCAAAACGAUGAGUCUCGACACCAUAUUCUCUAUAGACAUCUUAGCAGAUCCUAAGAAUUCUAGCAUCACCAGAUUCAUGAUUGGUGGAACGUCGCUUGUUCUAAAAGAGAAGGAAAUACUAGCUCCAGCAAGUGACGACCUGUCAAAGGCCUACAAUGACCACAAACUCAAAUUAAUUGAUAUAUUUCAAAAAGCAUCAGGUGCAUCGUCCGAAGGGCUAACAACAACCGCACAAUUAGCAGAUCUGAAUAAAUUUGAAAAGGAACUAGCCGAGAUAAGCUCUGGAGAACUCGGUGUCCAAGAUAUCGAUAGGUUGUAUAACCUAAUGACAAUAGACGAACUGCAGGCCUUUUAUGAUCGUGCACGAAUUAGCACUCCAAAUGCCAGAAUAAACUGGCUUGAGUCAAUCAGGGAAUUAGCCUCAUUGACCCCGGAAAUCAUAAUAGAUGGAUCAGAAAAGGUAAUUGUACUGGAUAAAGACUAUUUCCCAAAGCUUGCUGCAUUGUUGGACAAAACUCCACCGGAAACUAUUGUGAACUAUAUAAUGUGGAGAGUAAUCAACGAUGCAGCUCUUUUCGCCAAUGAUGAAUUGAGAAGCCUCAUGCAAAUUCUCGGUAAUCAACGCAUUGGAGCAGACAACAUUCCAGAUAGGCAAUCCACAUGCGCGAGUCCAGCUCCAUUGGAAGCCGCCGUUUCUUAUGCGUUCGCCCAAAAAUACGCAUCACCAGAAAUAAAACAAGCGGUGACUGAGAUGGUAGCGAAUAUGCAAAAUGCUAUGGAGAAGUAUCUUCGGCAAUCUUCUUGGCUUGAUACUGAGACAAAAAAUCUGGCUACUGAAAAAAUUCAUGUGAUGUCCAAGCUUAUUGCUUAUCCAGAUUACUACAGCCCAGCUUUUAUCGAUGAAUAUUAUUCAGAGUAUCCAGCAUCAGACAGUUUCUUUGAUAAUGAAAAGACAAAGCGAGGGUUUAUGAUGAAGAAAAAAUUGAGGAGUUUACGUAAACCAACGGACAAAAAAACAUGGCCAGCUGAGCCUACCGAAAUAAAUGCAUUUUAUGUACCAGUAGCAAACGCUAUGCUGGUGCCAUCCGCCAUUCUCAAAUUCCCCGUAUAUGACCCGAAUAGACCCAGCCUAUUUAAUUAUGCAAUGGUCGGUGGAAUAAUUGGGCAUGAAAUUUGUCACUCCUUGGAUAGUUCAGGACGACGCUUUAAUAAAAACGGUGAUACGGUGGUUUGGUGGAACCAAGAUGCUAUUGAUAAAUAUCAAGAGAGAGCACAAUGUUUCAUCAAUCAGUUCAAUAAUUAUGUAAUAUAUGAUGAUGGAAAGGAAGUCAUUCAUCUUAAUGGAACUUUGACGAUGGGAGAGAAUAUAUCAGAUUCUGAAGGGCUGAUAAUUGCUUGGGAUGCCUACCAGACAGACCGUAAGAAAAAGGGAACUAGUAGUGCGAGGAUUCCCGGUUUGGAGAAAUUUACUGAUGAUCAACUAUUUUUCCUUGCAUUUGGAAAUACAUGGUGUACAAAUCAGAGCCCCGAGUACCUCAAGAAAAAUGGUAACACCGAUGAACACAGUCCAAACAAGCAGAGAGUUAAUGGUCCUCUAUCCAAUAAUGAAGUUUUCGCUGCCGCUUUUAAUUGUCCAGCAAAUUCGCCUAUGAAUCCCAUGAAUAAGUGCAGCAUUUGGAAAUGAGAACUAAAUUUCAAUUGCAAACGAUGAAAAAGUAAUUGUUCUGAAUUCUUGGAGAAAUAAAAUAUUGCAAUUAGAAUGAAUAUUUUAAUUCGUAUAA